CUACUUCAUUUCAUUUGUGCGAAGUGGAAGAGCAAAAAUGGCGAAUACAGCAGGAAUGGAACGUUUGCCCAGUGGGCUUGGCAUAUGCACGACCAUACCAGAUAUGUUCUACAUUCCCGAGCUUGUCUUUGGUGGACUUGUGUGGUGCCUUGUCGCAUCAACCUAUGUCGUCCCCGCCAACCCUCAAGGAUGGGUGAUGUUCGUUUCGGUUUUCUGCUUUGUCAUGACAUUCAUCUGGCUGGUGGUUUUCACCUGCGGAGGACACAGAAACAGUGGUGGUUGGGCAGCCGCUGAUUUUGGAUACCACGGAUUUGCUGCUUUUCUCUAUCUCAGCUCUUCAGUUCUAUUGGCCACCGUAACCAUUUCUUAUGCGACACUGGCAAACAUUCAGCCACAGCUUUGGAAAUAUUACAAGAUGAAUAUUUCUGCUGUUGUCUUUUCCUUUUUCACCACGCUACUCUACUUCAUCCAUGCAAUUUUUUCUGCAAAUCGAUGGAAGGCUUUCUAAAGAUGUCUCGGCAAAAAGUGCACUUUCGCAUAUUUGAUACGAGCGUCAGUACUUUUUGACUACUGUUUUCUAUGUUUCUUUUGUUUAGAUAAUGAAAAAUGCAUGUAAUUUCUCUUUUUUUCAUGUUGGCUUUUCAAUGAAAAUGCUUCAUCAGUAAUAAAGAGAGCAUAUCUUGUUGGUAUGUCCUUUGCUAGAUCAUGGUGUCUUACAUACAUGAAUCUUUGUUAUCAAUGUGGCAUAUUUACUUUCAAAAUGUCCCACAUAAAUGGUUGAUUUGUUCAUUGUAAUGUUUUAAUAGGGAAUAUUCUGUUAAUUUUUUUCAGUAUUUAUAAGUAGAACAUUUGAUACAAAUAAUGAACAAGGCUAUGUAACCAUUGCAAUUACUGAUAAUUAUCUUUAUUCUGGGUUUUAUUUUUCCUUUUGUCACUGAUAAAUUUAGGCAAGUAAUAUUUUUCUUCUCUUUUUGCAAUAAACAUUCGGAAAUUGCUGUUACACAA